AUGGUCUUGGCCGCCCGUCAACUUCAGGAGAAGUGUCAGGAGAUGCGGACCCACCUGUACUCUACCUUCGUGGACCUGAUGAAAGCCUUCGACACGGUGAAUCAUGAAGGACUGUGGAAGAUCAUGCAGAAAUUCGGCUGUCCGGAGCGAUUCACUCUGAUGGUGCGUCAGCUGCACGACGGUAUGAAGGCGCGAGUCACGGACAACGGAGCUGUCUCAGAGGCAUUCGCAGUGACCAAUGGAGUGAAGCAGGGCUGCGUACUGGCGCCUACCCUCUUCAGUCUUAUGUUUUCUGCCAUGCUGAUGGACGCCUACCGCGACGAACGCCCCGGGAUCCGCAUCGCCUACUGGACGGACGGUCACCUCCUGAAUCAACGGCGGAUGCGCUUCCAAUCGCGCGUAUCCACAACCACCGUUCACGAACUCCUCUUUGCCGACGACUGCGCCCUGAACACCACCUCGGAAGAGGAGAUGCAACGGAGCAUGGACCUGUUCUCCGCCGCCUGCGAGAACUUCGGUCUGGUCAUGAACACACAGAAGACGGUGGUGAUGCACCAACCGCCACCAAACUCAGCCACAGCACCCAACGCGCCGCCGCAAAUCAGCGUGAACGGAACCCAACUGCCAGUGGUGGAGAACUUCCCGUACACCCGCAACACCAAGAUCGACGACGAAGUCGCCAACAGGAUCUCGAAAGCCAGUCAAGCCUUCGGUCGCCUCCAAAGCACAGUUUGGAAUCGUCAUUGUCUCCAACUGAGCACGAAGCUGAAGAUGUACAAGGCUGUCAUCCUGUCGACACUACUGUAUGGAGCGGAGACUUGGACGGUGUACGCAAAGCAGGCACGUCGUCUGAACCACUUCCACCUCAGUUGUCUUCGUCGCAUCCUGAGGCUGAAGUGGCAGGAUCGAAUCCCGACACUGAUGUGCUGGAACGGACGGGAAUCCUCAGCAUCUACGCCAUACUGA